AUGGCUAUUAAAUACAAAGACGUUUUACCAGUCGCCAAUGGGUUGAUCAUUGCCGGUACUUUUUUCUUCCUUGGCUUAUUAUUGGGUAACUGGCCUUAUGAUGCCAAAACAUUGUUCUCACAACAAGUCAGUCAAGCUGAUUUUGAUAAUUCAUUAAGACAUUAUCAAACAUGGGCUCAAAUUCCAUCAAUUCCUUUGCAUAUUAUUCAUUUCUUCAUCGGUUUAGGUUUUAUUGGUAUGUUUAUUAAACUUUAUAAACCUUCUGAAGAUUCAAAAUAUUUUGAAUAUGGUUCAUUAUUGUUAUACGUUUUAGCUGUCUGUGUCUACUUAACCAACUUAAGAACAGGUGCUGAUAGUGCUUUACAUGGUGAAUGGGGUGAAGUUGAUGCCAAUACUGGUAUCAAUGUCAUUGCUGCUUCUUCAUCAAUGAUUGUCUUCUUAUUAGGUGGUAUUAUCAUGUUACAAGUUGGUUUAUAUUACGGUGAAUGGGAAUAUCAACAAAGAUUAGAAAUUUUCAACAAAGAAGAAGCUGAACGUGAAGCUACUGAAGCUGCUGAAGCUGAAAAGGUCAAACCAUCUAAAGGUUCAUCCUCUUCUGCUUCCAAAUCAGAAACUCAAGCUAAACAAACUAAAUCAAAAUCAUCUGCUGGUAAAAGACAAGCAUAA